CUUGUUUCGUGUCACCUCGGUCAUGUCGAUCCUCUAUCUAGUUCUAGGUAGUUCCAAGUAUUUCGCGCCAGGUGAAGGCUUAGGCGCAACUCAACCCUACGACAAGUUGACAACGGCUCCAUGCUCAACCCACAAAAAUGUCGGCAGUUUUGGCUUUCAGGGCUCUCUGUCGGCCCGACCUGGCCUGACUCUUGAACCCCUGAUCAAUUUUGGCUGGUGAAAUUUAGCACCAUCCGGCAAAGAAUCGCGCUCAGCUGACAGGGGGCGAAAAAGAAAUAUCAUUGAGAAAACUUGAAUUCGGCUGGCGCGUGGUGAGUUUCCUCGCGUUUCACAGCAGGCAUGCCCGCUGCCCACACGACCGGCCAAUGGGCCAAGGGGACGCCACUGGAUGGUGAAUAAGAGCGCGGGAAGCAGAUGGAAGACAGGGAAGAAAAAGAGGGUUAAUGCCGCCUAAUCGGUUGUUGCUAUUGAGGCAUAUUAUUGCCGGCUCUUGAAGGCCCACCGGAAACCUGGAAUAUGGCGGUGAUCAGCAUCUUCCAACGUAUUGUCGAUUGCAGAAUCAGGGGAAGUUAGACCUCGCUUUAGGCUUUAGGCUUUUUUUCUUUUUUUUUUAAGCCGUUCGGAGAGCGGCCGCCUGCUGAGAAUCUCCAGCAAAUCUCGUAGCUUGGUUGACAGGUAUAACUACACUAAGAAAACGAACAAAAAAAAGAAACAGAAAAGAAAAGAGGAUUAUGUCUAAGCAAUCACUGACAUUCUCUUCACUCACUAUAUCUUGUAUGUGAGCAAAUGAGUGACUGAACUAGCGAGACCGAGUGGCAGACAGGGAGGCAGCGAUCUAUCUGAGGGGUCAGGGGCACCGAGAACAGAGGCAGAGGCAUAUAACUGCCGGAUACGGCGGAAUAUGCCAUGACGGUAGAUUUGAGAAUUGCCGCAUUGUCAACUUCUCCAGAGUUACAAUAUAGAACAAGUCUAUAAUUAGAGCCGAACCGAUGCACAUCUCGCAUGUCAGAAAAUACAAACAUGCAUCAUAAGGUUAGUUGUGCCUGAAGACAGGGAGGCAUGGGGACAAGAGUGUUGCAGUGAUGCAGUGAUGAAAUUGAAAACAACCCUCUUUCACCAGAUCAGUUAGGAUCAGUUAGGUCUACUCCCAAGAACAGUCAUAAGUAUAACUAACAGAUCCUCCAUCCCCCAGUCCACAUGCACGAAACAACUGUUCCCCCACCCGGGCCACAGCACGGCGCUCUUCCAGUCUAUAAAGCCACAGAAAUACCCUGUGAUGUGGUCAGUCAGUCAGUCAACCUGGACGGCUGCACCAUUGAGGUGGAAAUAAUACCUGAGCCUGUUCUGUGUCGAUGAGCGUUUCUAGGCUGAGUGAGACUGAAAUAAUCCUUCACUCCUCCGCCUAUUCCUUCUCUUAGAUUUCUCUUCUCUUCUCUUUUCCUUUCUUUCAUUCAUUCUUUAAUUUUUACUUCCUUAUCCUCUGGAAAUGCCGUUCUUUAAAUCAUUUCUUAUUGGUGUCGUUGGUGCGCUAAAUUGUUCCGCCCUUGCAAACCAAGAUACCAGCAGCUCUCCACCCCUCGAACCGAGGCAGAAUGGUGCCCCAGAGUGGACGUCUCCUCCAUAUUAUCCUGCACCCGUGGGUGGUUGGGUACCUGAAUGGGAAGAGGCAUAUGCCAAAGCCCAUGCAGUAGUUGCGAACAUGACCCUCGCUGAGAAAGUCAAUCUGACAACAGGCACCGGUUUCGCUAUGGGCCCCUGCGUGGGACAGACAGGAAGUGCACCUCGAUUCGGAAUCCCUAGGCUUUGUCUGCAGGACGGCCCCCUUGGUGUCCGAAAUACAGAUCACAUCACAGCCUUCCCAGCAGGAAUCACUGUGGGAGCCACAUUCGACAAGAAGUUGAUGUACGACCGCGGUGUUGCGAUGGGCAGGGAGUUUCGUGGCAAAGGGGUAAAUGUCCACCUUGGUCCAUCUGUAGGUCCACUGGGCCGCAAGCCACGCGGAGGACGGAACUGGGAAGGAUUCGGCAUGGAUCCAUCCCUUCAGGGAAUCGCCAGUUCCCUGACAAUCAAGGGCGUUCAAAGCAGGGGAGUGAUCGCGACUGUGAAGCAUCUUGUCGGAAACGAGCAGGAGAUGUUUCGUAUGGUGUUCCCUGUUCAGCCCCUGGACUUCCUCCAGAAACCAUACUCGGCCAAUAUCGAUGACAGGACGCUGCACGAGUUGUAUCUCUGGCCUUUUGCAGACUCUGUCAAAGCGGGGGUUGGUUCCGUUAUGAUGGCAUACAAUGACGUUAACAGCUCCUCAUCCAGCCAAAACAGCAAGCUGAUCAACGGCAUUCUUAAAGAUGAAUUGGGAUUCCAGGGAUUCACUAUGACUGAUUGGUUCGCCCAUAUUGGAGGCGUUUCAUCCGCACUUGCUGGCCUGGACAUGGCUAUGCCAGGAGAUGGUGCUUCUCCAUUAUCAGGGCAUAGUUAUUGGGCAGGCGAAUUGUCACGUUCGGUCCUAAAUGGGACUGUACCCCUAGAGCGGUUAAAUGAUAUGGCUACCCGGAUUGUUGCUACAUGGUUCAAGUUAGGGCAGGACAAGGACUUUCCAUUGCCAAACUUCUCAACCCACACAACUGCUGAAAAGGGGCUUCUGCACCCUGGCGCUGUAUUUUCUCCAAUCGGCAUCGUCAACAAAUUCGUCGACGUCCAAGAGAACCACAAUACCAUCGCGAGAGCCGUUGCUAGGGAUGGUAUUACCCUUCUAAAAAAUGAUGAUAAUGUUCUCCCCUUGAACCCGGACUCUUCAAUCAGGGUAUUUGGCACCGACGCGGGUCCCGAUCCACUGGGGCUCAACCCCUGUCCAGACAGAGGUUGCAACAGGGGUGUCUUAACGAUGGGAUGGGGAAGUGGAACAGCCAGAGUUCCUUACCUUGUAACUCCUCAAGAAGGCAUCGAGGCCAGAGCCCCGAAGACAAAGUUUCACAUCAGCAAUCGUUUCCCCCUCAUUAUAGACGUGAAGCCUGAAGAUAUUGCAAUUGUCUUCAUCAAUUCGGAUUCUGGCGAGAACUACAUUAUCGUUGAAGGAAAUCCAGGAGACCGGACGAUGGCGGGUCUAUAUGCCUGGCAUGGUGGUGACAAGCUUGUCAUGGAUGCGGCGAAGAAGUUCUCGACUGUGAUUGUUGUCGUUCACACCGUUGGCCCAAUUAUCAUGGAGAAAUGGAUCGAUCUCCCAUCGGUGAAAGCAGUGUUGGUUGCCCAUCUCCCAGGCCAGGAAGCAGGUACUAUUGCCGAUAUUCUCUUCGGAGAUCACAGCCCCAGCGGCCAUCUGCCGUACACGAUUCCGAAAUCCGAAGCCGACUAUCCAGACAGCGUCAAUCUCAUAUAUGACCCUAUAAUCCAGAUCCAAGAUACAUUUACCGAAGGCUUGUAUAUCGACUACCGCCACUUCGUCAAGGAAAACAUCACCGCGCGAUACCCCUUCGGUCACGGGCUUUCAUACACAGCGUUCAAAUUCAGCGAGCCGAAACUCAUACCCGUUACACCGCUCACCGAAUACCCCCCAGAGAGACCUGCUAAACUUUCCCCUCCAACAUUCUCCAACGACAUCCCGCCUGCAGCCGAAGCAGCGUGGCCAAAGGGUCUGAACCGAAUCUGGCGCUACCUAUACCCAUACCUCGAUGACCCUUCCUCCAUCAAGCCAGGCAAGGAUUACCCAUACCCGGAAGGGUACAGCACAACGCCCCAACCGCCCCCGCGCGCUGGAGGGCGGGAGGGCGGCAACCCAGCCCUCUGGGACAUCGCAUUCAAAGUCGACGUCAAAGUCACCAACACAGGCAAGGUAGCCGGGCGCUCUGUGGCACAGUUGUAUGUGCAGCCGCCACCAGAGCGAGCGGCAGAUACACCCAAGCUACAGCUAAGACAGUUUGAGAAAACACGAGUGCUGCAGCCGGGCGAGAGCGAGAUUCUAUGUCUUGAGAUUACGCGGAGGGAUAUGAGUGUUUGGGACGUUACCACGCAGGACUGGCAGAUUCCGCAAAUGGCCAAGGGUGCGAAGUUGUGGGUUGGUGAGAGCGUGGAGGACUUGAAGGUGGUGUGCGAGGUUGGCGGUGGUGAGUGCAGGGAUGCUAGAAUGGAGACGCAGUAGUUUAUUUAACCUAAUGGCGCUCGCGAUAGAUUGAACAGGGAUUGAUAAUACUCAUUCCUGUGCUCUGUCAAUAUACCAAGCCUUACUUCAAAAGAUACUAGAUUCGGUCUCUACCUCUUCGACCGAAUGUGGCCUUAACCCACACUGCCGGUAUAAUUGUAUAUAACCAUGGUUGUAUAGAAAUCAUACCCAAGGCGUUGCCUGUAUAAUUUUAACGGUGCAAUCGGCAAGGUUACAGGGUGGUAACUACCGAUGUUCUAUCUAACAUCUGGGCUGCUAAAUGGAAGGUUUCUACCUUUUGGUUUCGUUCCCUUCUCUUUACCUUUAUUUUCAUUUUUGGCUCUCUCUAUCACUCCAUGGUCUAGUCCCUGAGAAUAGGCUCCUUUGAGUCUGUAUUGAAAACGCUGGUUAUAAAUAAAACAGAGUAACAGAGUAUUAAUAUCCGUUGAGUUGUAUCUCCUCCGCCCCGUGCCUUUUUUUCUUUUUUUCUUUUUCCUAUUUUGAGUAUCACUGUGCACAGCUCGGAGUGCCAACACUUCCCUACCGGGAAGAGUAGAGCGAUGGCCCACCACGUCAUGCUCAACAGGAUUCAUUCAUUCCGCGAAAAUGAAGCAGAAAUUCUCUCGUACGCAUUCGGUCCCUUGGUUCCCCACGCAAUCAGUCCCCUGCGCUCUACCCCAACCUUGUCCCACCAGAGUUCCCUAAUAUCCCGGGGGAUCUGCCAAACGACACCCAUAUCGCGAUCGUCAGGCCGUACGAUGAUCAUCCAGGAGUACCAGCGUAUCCAACCAACGUACUGACGGUCGAAUGCCACUAUGGAGUCAUAGCAUGGUUGAACAGCAGUAGUCUCUCCUGGCAUGAGAAACUCUAUGUGGAGACUCUGCUCUGUUAUCAAAUGACCGCUCCAGGAGAGGGUGAAGCUAAGUUGUCGGAGUCUGGGCAUGUGUAAGACAGCACGACUCAUUGCACGUACGAGAGGAUCAAAGGUUGACCCAUGAUGGUUUUGGUUGAGUUACGCUGGUAGGAAAUGAGGGUGAAAAUGGGCAGAACAACUCGGGUGACAAGCCCCAUGGAUAAAAUCUUAGUUCGAUCUCGGUUAAGUGAUGCACAUGCAUGAAAAGGGCCAGGGAUAGUGAGAGUAGGUCAAUGGGAUGAUUUCCAUUCCAGCUUGGAGCGUCCAAAUUAUGAUUUUGAAGGGACCGACCGGAACAUCCAACGUGAAAGGAUUUCAAGCUAGGCAAGGAAAGUUUUCGUAAUGCCAUACUGAGAGCUGAGAAGAAGCAAUGUCAAUAACCUUGUCAAUCAUGGAUCAGAACCAAUAAGAGGUACACACAUGAUCUGAAAUCUUGAAUACUGGUUCUGAGAACUGAGAAAUUCAUCGUCCAAACAAAAUAAUAAACGUUCGUAACGUUGCUAAGGCAGUUUGCGAUUUUGAGGAAAGCUGUGGGAUGCACACUAUGGAUGAUUAAACACUUCACUCUAUAAAGGGUUGGCAAACUCUCCUGUCCUUGGAAUUUCAACAUCAACAGCGUUUGGGGUUUCCAGACAGGGUUGAUUCUUAAAGUCAGGGGGGCAGCCCGGUGGGUUAUGUUGGCUGCGACAAACUCAUCCUCCCAUUCCCUGAGAAAGCCAAACAGAUUCCGUACCGCCAAUUCAAAGUCCAUAUCUAAUUCUUGUUGCCUAUCAAUCGAACAAUCCUCUAGCAUCUCCGGAAGCAGCGCACCUGGCCAUCCUGUCUGGUAACACCUGGGAACCGUAGGGUGAGAAUAGAGCAACUCCGAGAGUAUGCUCCGGCGACGGAGACCGAUAAAAAUCUGGCGAAACAUUUCCCAUUCAGCUGAAGAACUCCGAACCAUAAUCGAACGCAUCGUCUGCAGUUCCACUGCAUUCUGCCAGGCACGAGAUAUACCAGCAUAAGACGCGAUUUUGGCGGCUUUUCUGCCGUUUUCAGGCUGUAACAAGCAUCUAACAAUAAGCCCAACCGUCUCUGACGGGAGCUUGUCCAUUUUGAGCUGUUCUUGGGCAAAGUAACUAAAUAACUUAACUAGUUAUCCAUACAAGGAUAAAUAUAAAAAACACCACGCAUCGACGUCUUCUCAAUUCACGUCAUUCCGAGGGAAGACUGGACAACAAAGUAUUAUGAGUGGAUAUUGUAGUUUUCGGAUGUUUGUAAACAAUAACCCGCCCGCCAUCUCGCUUUCCAUGUUCAAGCUCUUAUUUCUCCCCUAGAGCUACCGCUUGAGCUUUUACCGGGAGUUGCCAGUUGCCAUUGCCCCCGAACAUGGUGGAAAGGCAACAGAGUCCAUCCAUGAUGAGGGAUG